AAAAAAAACCCAGUAAACUGUGCAUGUUUCUUUAUUCAUCUCAGAAAUCUUUAUUAACAUCGAAUUACUCAAAAUCAAAAAUGUCUUUCGUUGGUUCAAAUAAUAGCAAAAACAGUGUAAAAAGUCAAUUAGAAUAUGACAUUUUAAGGGACGUAGCCUAUAAACGUACAGCUUCCCAAAAGCUGCGAGGAGCUAAAGUUCCAAUUAGUCGUUUAAGUCCCGCAGCUCAAAAAUCACUGACAAAACUUCGGAAAAUUGUGGAAAAACGUUUGUCUAAACUGCGUCCAAGUUCCUUUGGUCAGAGUGUCCGGACACCGUUUUAUCAAGCAACCGCUAACAUAGACAAGGAGACUUGGGUGCUAGGACCUAAGCGAAAUCAGGACGCUGCAGACAUUAGCACUCAUCCUAGCUAUAAUAUUUUAAAUUUCCAAUAUGACUUGAAUUGCUAUGUAAGAUAUCUCGAGGCUAAAGAGAAAUAUGAUAAUCAAUUGAAGUUUGAAUUGGAAAGCUAUAUUAAUAGCAAACGCACUGUUUGUGAACAAUAUUUCACAAGAAGACAAAAGUGAAAUUCAUGGCAUCCACCCAACCCGGAAAAGCAGGCAACAAAUUUAUUAACAAACACUCAAUCAUCUGAAUGGGUCUCGAUUCAUCUUCCGGGGCAAAGAUACUUUUUAUGCUGUGCGUAUGCAGAAAAUAAAUUUCCUAAAUAUUGCCUCAUCAUCAUUUUUGUACCUGAGUGUUAUAUAUUUUAACUUGCAUGAGAAGGCAUUCCAAGUUUUUGAUGGAAAACA